AUGGCUGUUGACCUACAACACACUAGUGGCACUCAUGACUCAUCGUUUCCUUAUGAUUCGUUACUCCCCCCAUCAACGGUCAUUAAUCACUCCAACUACCUCAACUUUAACGGUUCAGAUUCAAAUCCACACUUCCUUAUUUCUCGUCAAAUUAGAUCGCAUACAUCUACAACUCCACUCUCUCAUGAACUAACCCAACAACACAUGGAGAUGUCUCUUCAACAAGACCACAGUUUCGCUUCCUCAUGCAUUGCUUCCGAGGAUUUGGAAUCGUUAAAGCCAUUGGAAACAUGUUGGUCUCAACAAUCAUCUCUCUGGUCACCGUUGUAUUCAAACCAAGGUAGUCCUGAAGGUUCUUUGUCUCCUACGGAACCUGCAAACAGCCAUGACUCUGAUUGCAACCACAUGGUUAACAUGCUUGAGAAGAUGAGAUUCGAAGAUAACGGAAGUUCGGAUUUCCAAACUGAUUUACAAACCCACGUUGGAGUUGGUUCAUCACAUGAAUAUCUGCUUAACCAACAAAUACGAGCUAAUCAAUUGUCUCGUCUCAGGCAAGAGCAGAUUCUGUCUUUAAAGCUAAAACUCAUUGCGUAUAGAGAAAAUCAUGGUUAUGUAUCAUCGCCGCAAUUUCAAAAGAAUGGUAAAGGAGUUGAUGUUGGAUAUGGGAUGGUUCAUUCGCAGCGGUCCGGUUCUCUGAACCGGGGCACCGGUUCUGAGAAGUUGCCGCGUUUUCAGGAAGCUACCGGUUCAAAAGGCCCAUCAUGUGGGACAGGUGUUUUCUUGCCACGUGGUGGUGUCAGUACUACGUUUGAGUCACAGAGUAAAAGACCAGGUAAAGGUUGUUCAACUGUUCUUAUACCAGAGAGAGUAGUACAAGCUUUGCAACUCCACUUUGAACAAAUUGCUGCCACGUCUGGACCUAAAUCUCCUGCCUUCCCUCCCCUACAUGAUGUUUUAGUGAGUACAAAUAGGGAUGGGAUGUAUUCACUACAGAAACGCCAAUCACGGAAGAAACAAACACAAGUUCAGAAUGAGAUGAUUCUGCCACGGGAGUGGACUUACUGA